AUGGCAAGCAAAUCAGGCUCAACUCGAGAUGAGGAGCAAGGUCUCCUAUCCAGCUCAAAUAACUACAACAGCACUAACGAGAUCGUCAAGUCCGAUCUGGAUCCAGAAUCCAUAGACGCUGAUCUCGAGGAUCUACCGAAGGAAGUCCGAGAAACGGUACCGCUAACAGAUGAUCCGAGUAUUCCUGUCUUGACAUUUCGUUACUUCGUUCUCCUGACGAUCUUUAUCGUUCCAGGAGCGUUCAUAGAUACUAUCAACUCGUUCAGGACUACAUCGGCGGUCUACUCGAUCUUUUUCGUUCAGAUCGCUUCACAUUGGGCAGGUAAGUGGAUGGCUAAAGCAUUGCCCAGGAGAGAUGUCAGAAUUGGGUCAUUCUCCUUUUCGCUAAAUCCCGGCCCGUGGUCUAUCAAGGAAACUGCAUUGGUCACCAUCACAGCCAAGUCCGGCGCUACAGGUAAUUUGGCCACAAACGCUUUGGCUCUUUCGGAGCUCUUUUUCCAUAAAGAGGUACCAAUGACCGCUGCCAUGCCGUUUAUGUGGGCUAUCGUCUUCAUUGGGUACUCUUACGCAGCCAUAGCGAAAAGAGUGGUGAGCUAUGAUCCCAGAUUUCCCUGGCCCCAGACACUUAUGCAGACGGCACUUCUACAAAGUCAAGACAAGGCGGAUAAUAGAAACAAUACCAAGAGAAUGAAGGUGUUCUUCUGGUGUGCUGGGUCUCUCUGUGUCUGGCAGAUGUUUCCAGAAUACCUAUUCCCGAUGACCUCAUCGUUGGCCAUUCUUUGCUGGGCUGCUCCUCAUGACCAUGUUCUUAAUUUCAUUGGCUCAGGUAUGGGUGGAAUGGGCUUUCUUAACUUUACUCUCGAUUGGGCCAAUGUGACAUCGGAGGUCAUGUUGUACCCUUACUGGGUCCAGGUGGUUCAGUUCAUAGCAUUUAUUUGCGGAGCAUGGGUUCUUUUACCGCUUGCAAAAUGGUCUAGCUUGUUCACUUUCAAGCACGGUCUCAUGUCUAACCGUCUUUUCACUUUGGAUGGUAACUUAUAUCCCACUGAGAAGUUGAUGACUCCAAAUGGCGGAUUCAACCAGACUGCUUACGAGUAUUAUGGACCAGUGAACCUCGGCGCUCAAAGAGCUUGGAACAUGUUUUUUGAUUACGGUGCAUACUUAUCGGGCGUCGUUUGGGUUGUUGUGUUUGGUUGGUCAAGGUUACGUUCUUCCAUUCGUCUGGGAGGAGUCUUUCGUGAUCGCCUCAACAAGCUCCACGCUGCGUACGAGGAAGUACCUGUCUCUUGGUACGUCAUUUUAUUCAUCAUAUCCAUUGCAUCAUUACUUUAUGUUGCUGCUUCUGGCUAUAUGUUCAUGCCAUUCUGGACCUGUGUCAUUGCACUCAUCAUCGGCUCCAUUAUCGUCACUCCACUCAUGUGGCUCUAUGCCCUUUCGAAUUUUCAGCUUCCGAUUGGUACUUUCAACGAGCUUUUUUAUGGAUACUUGGUUCAGGAUUUGCCACUGAAACACCCAGCGGGAGCAGCCUUCUUUGGUUGCGUAGCAGGAAACGCCUGGUACAGAUCACAAUUUCAUCUAGAGCUGAUGAAGCUUGGUUUUUACAACCACAUUCCACCAAAGUACGUUUUCUUAUCGCAGAUAUACGGCGAGCUCAUUGGAGUCCCCAUCAACUAUUUUAGUCUUCGUUGGGUACUUGCAUCAAAAUGGGAUUACCUUGUGGGAAAACUCACUGACCCGUUGCACCAGUGGACAGCACAGACCGUGAUAACCUAUCACACCAAUGCUAUUCAGUAUGUGAUCCUCGGUCCCCGCCGUCUUUUCGCCAAUUAUCCGCUUUUACCAUUGGGCUUCCUUGUGGGGCUUAUAGCUCCAAUAAUUGUAUUUUUGCUCCACAGGAAAUACCCUAACAGCAUAUUCAAAUUCCAGCUCUGGAACACCACCGUUUUCUUUUCGACCAUGAGCCAUUUCUAUGGCAACUUGUCCACUGGCUACCUUUCAAAAUUCAUGGGAGGUACCGUGACCAUGUUUUACGCUUACAGAUACAAACACAAUGUCUGGAAGACGUACAAUUACGUUGUUGCAGCCGCUCUAGACACAGGCUUCAAUUUGGCAGUCACCAUCAUCUUCAUCCUACUUUCCCUCGGGAUCUCCGCCCCCGUCUGGUAUGGAAAUAAUCCAGACAGUGUGGAGCGGUGCUUUGCAUUGUAA